UGUGGCGCGCGAUUGCGAACGCGUGCGCAGUGCUGCAUCGCGGUCGAAUGCGACAGCGAAUUGAAAAUCGAUUUGAAAAACGAAUUCGAAAUUUAAGUGUCUGUGACAGUUACAGUGGGUUCAGUUUUGUUUUUAAUUUUAUUCAGACGCAGAAGUCAUAACAAAGUUUCUAUGUUGACAUUACAGCAGCUGUCAAAAUAACGCGUGAAAUAGCGAGAUCGUGUGCCUGUUUGCUUAAUAACAUUUUUCAUCUCAUCACGACCGCACUUUGAACACUGACAGGUAGCGGCAUACAAAAAGAGGAAAUCAAAUUUGAAAUUAGAACAUGAUAGCUUACUGACCCGCGUCUGAAGUUUAAAAAAAGAAUGCGGUUACCGCGCUUUUGAAAAUGACAUGUCACUGACACAGACUAAAAAUGGCGCAUAAAUUAAAGAACAAUCACUACGUAGCGACGCACCGGUCUGGUGUGGACUCGCCGUCUUCUGGGGCCUACUUGCACAGAGCGUCUUCAAGGGAUGAAAAUGACAGCCAUCGCGCGCCAUCCGAGAGAACUUUAUCUGAAUACACGACAAUGGACGAGCGAACCCGUUCUCCGUCCGAGCGCACGGGGCGUCGCCACGCGAACGGUUCGCCUCGCGCCGACUCCACUUCCGACGUGUACGUGACGAGCGCAGCUUACCGCCCGCCUUCGGAAAUCAGUCGCCAGUCGCGAGCUCCCCGCAGCGUGUAUUCGUAUAGAAGCGCGGUGGCGCCAUCUGUCGCUUCCACACAUCGCUCCAAAGUGUCUAGGAAGGCAGGAGUAAAAGUGGACGCGAUGGCUGCCCCCAACCCGUUCUGCCCCAACGUAAAGGGCAUGUGCUGCCUCAUGCUGCUGCUCAACUUGGGGCUGAUACUGGUCACGUUGGGCUUUGUCAUAGUACUGCAGUUCUAUGAACCGCUGUUUGUUUGGAUCUUGGGUAUAAUCUUUCUUAUAUUCGGUUUCAUCACACUCGUCGGUAGCCUCAUAUACUGCGUUGUUCUAUGCAGAGAGAACCCUUACCCGCGAUACCCGGAUGACUUCUACUGGACCCACCACUGGUCCAAAACCAUUGGCCCUUCGGAAAUUCACUACAGUGCUAGCGAAAAGCCGUACAGACAAAAUGGGCACAGUGUAGCCAGUGAUCGAUAUAAUAAAUAUAACGGGAAAUAUUCCGACAGGGAAAGCGCUAAAGGAUACUCCGAUAGAGAAAGUAAAUUAAGCAGGUACUAGUAUCCGAACGAACUGUCAUUUAUGGUGCGAUAAUUUUUAAUCUGUACGCAACAGAUGAUGUAAACAGCUUUACAUUUUGUGUAGGUCAAUAAAAUUACUUUUUGAUAAUGUUGUAAUGUAUUGGAUAUUAUAAUAUUUGUAAUUAUAAUAUAUCUUGUACUUGAAUAUUAUAAAUGUAAAUAAUAAUACUAAGAUAUUGAAAUGCCAUAUUAAUAUUAUUUAUAAAUGCCUAGAUGUUAAAUGAUAUUGACAAUAAUUUUGGCGUAACCAUAA